UUAACUCUUGUCAAAACAAACAAACGUGGGUUAUCCAGAAUUUAGUUUAUUUUAUUAAAAUUCACAUAAAAUCCAUUUUAUACUGCUGAAAUUUGAAAAUCUUACAUUACAAUGAAAGUAUCUAUCGGUGACGUUGUACUCCCGGGUGAUUACUGCGAUGAAAUCGUCAGUGUCGGCGAAAAAAGCAGGGUGCUUCUCGGCCCCGGCCUCCGAAAAGAGUUUGAUAAAGUGUAUAUGACGAAGGCAGGCAUCCUGCGUAAGAAAAACCCGAACACAUACUGGGUAGAUAGUCACCAGAAGCGGUACGUGCCAGCUCGGGGCGAGAACGUGAUCGGGAUAGUGACGCAGAAGGCAGGAGAUGUGUUCAGGGUGGAUGUCGGCGGAAGCUGCUCCGCGUCCCUCUCCUACCUCUCGUUCGAGGGCGCCACCAAGAAAAACAGACCGGAAGUGCAAGUUGGAGACGUCGUGUACGCCAAAAUGCUGGUUGCCAGCAAAGACAUGGAGCCAGAACUAGUCUGUGUAGACUCACACGGCAAGAAAGGCCGACUAGGUGUCUUAAAUGAAGGAUUUGUAUUCAAAUGCUCGCUAAAUUUAGUCAGAAAGAUCUUGAGCGCUUCAUGCCCACUAAUAGAGUCAAUCAAGAAUGAAUGGCCAUUUGAACUAGCUGCCGGCAUGAAUGGUCGCAUCUGGGUCAAAGCUAAAUCUAUGAGAGAGACUAUAGCUGUUGGAAAUGCCAUAUUAGGCUCUGAAUACCUGAGUGAGCAAGAAAUUAAGAGUAUGUGUAAUAAUAUUGCUACCAUAUUAGCUGGACAUGUUUCGUAAUAUAGGGUAAUUGUAAAUAGAUUAUUUUUCAACUCA